GGUAACCGGGCCUGUGCUGCAUCCGGUGUCCUUGUCCUUGGUCUCACACUCUACGGCUUCAUCAUGCUGUCUGCUCGCUGUCUCUUCGGUCUCCGCCGCUGUGUUCUUAGUCAAGUUCGUAACUAUGCUGAGGCCGCACCAGCCGGGAGUCCCGCUUUGAGCUUCACCUUCGCCUCCCCUACACAGGUAUUUUAUAAUGAAGCUAGUGUGAAGCAGGUGGAUGUCCCCACCUUAACAGGUGUAUUCGGUAUUCUUGCAUCCCAUGUCCCAACGCUACAAGUUCUCAGACCAGGCCUAGUCACAGUGUUCAGUGAUGAUGGGUCUUCAACUAAAUAUUUUGUGAGCAGUGGAUCUGUGACAGUGAAUGCAGAUUCCUCGGUGCAACUUCUCGCUGAAGAAGCAGUGACCCUGGACAUGCUGGACAUAGGCGCUGCAAAGGCAAAUCUGGAGAAAGCACAAGCUGAGCUGUUAAGCGCAGGAGACGAAGUGGCGAAAGCAGAGGCACAAAUUAAUUUCGAGGCCAGUGACGCUAUUGUCAAAGCUUUGGAGUGAUCAGGGCUGUAUGUCUAGUGUGGAGUAUCAAACUACUGUGUCUCCGUGUCCAUUCCCACAAUAAAAAACUAGAAAGGACAAA